AUGAGCGACGACGGAGACAAGUCUACUCCGGCGCCGGCGAAACUCGGCGACGAGCAAUUAGCAGAGCUCCGUGAGAUUUUCCGAUCAUUUGACCAGAACAAAGACGGAAGUUUAACGGAGCUCGAAUUAGCCUCACUUCUAAGAUCUCUCGGUUUAAAACCGAGUCAAGACCAACUCGAUACUCUGAUCCAAAAAGCAGAUCGGAAUAGCAACGGAUUGAUCGAGUUCUCCGAAUUCGUGGCUCUGGUCGAGCCAGAUCUAGUCAAGUGUCCUUACACAGACGAACAGCUUAAAGCGAUUUUCAAAAUGUUCGAUCGUGACGGUAACGGUUACAUAACGGCGGCGGAAUUAGCUCAUUCGAUGGCGAAAUUAGGUCAUGCUUUGACGGCGGAGGAAUUAACGGGGAUGAUUAAAGAAGCAGAUCGUGACGGUGAUGGUUGUAUCGAUUUCGAUGAGUUUGUUCAAGCGAUUACUUCUGCUGCCUUUGAUAAUGCUUGGGGAUGA